AGGAAAGAGUGCUACUGUCUUCUGGUAAAAACAGGUUUAUGUAGUUAACAGAACAAUGGAUUCUAUGCUGUCUUUAUCAGUGGAAGAACCUAUUAAGAAGAACUCUGUUAAGAAACUUAAAAUAAUUUGUAUUGUUCUCCUCGCUCUGUUGGUGAUUGUGUCACUUGGAUUAGGGCUGGGCCUUGGACUCAGGCAACCGGAACAGCAAGGCAGCUGCAGGAAAAAAUGCUUUGAUUCUUCAUUUAGAGGAUUGGAGGGCUGCUGGUGUGAUGUGCGAUGUCAAGACCGAGGUGACUGCUGCUGGGAUUUUCAAGACACCUGUGUGGAAUCAACUCGAAUAUGGACAUGCAAUAAGUUUCGUUGUGGGGAGACCAGACUAGAAUCCAGCCUUUGCUCCUGUUCAGAUGACUGUUUGCAGAGGAAAGACUGCUGUACUAACUAUAAGAGUGUUUGCCAAGGAGAAAGCCCGUGGGUGAAUGAAGAGUGUGGCACAGCCCAGCAGCCUCAGUGUCCAGAGGGAUUUGACUUGCCACCAGUUAUUUUGUUUUCCAUGGAUGGAUUUAGAGCUGAAUAUUUACAGACGUGGAGUCCUCUAAUACCUAAUAUUAAUAAACUGACAGUUCUGACCUCCUUCAGCAGGGUUAUUGCACACACCGGAAACAACAGAAUGAUUAAAAGCAAAAUUAAUGCCAUGCUUUGUGGAAAACAGAUCGCAGGAAACUUCACUGAUCGAGUGGAAACGAGAGUUGUGUUGACUUUUGCUAUAUCGGAUACUUUACAUAUAAGAGUUGCUAGUGACAUAAGUGUGCCAUAUGAAGAGAGGAUCUCUACAUUGCUAAACUGGCUGGACCUGCCCAAAGCAAAAAGACCUGAUUUUUAUACCCUGUAUGUGGGACAGCCUGAUUCUGCAGGACACGAAAAAGGACCAGUCAGUGCUGCAGUAAUUCAAGCAUUACAGUUAGUAGAUAACGCUUUUGGAAUGUUGAUGGAAGGCCUGAAACAGCGGAAUUUAGACAGUUGUGUCAACAUAAUCCUUGUGACUGACCAUGGAAUGGAUCAGACUUACUGUGACAAGGUGGAAUAUAUGACUGAUUAUCUACCCCAAAUAAACUUCUACAUGUAUGAAGGGCCUGCCCCCCGCAUCAGGGCUGAUAAUGUACCUCAAGACUUUUAUAGCUUUAAUUCUGAAGAAAUUGUUAGAAACCUCACUUGCCGAAAACCUGAUCAGCAUUUCAAACCCUAUUUGAGUCCUGAUUUACCAAAACGACUACACUUUGCCAAAAAUAUCAGAAUCGACAAAGUUCAUCUUUUGGUGGAUCAACCGUGGCUGGCUGUGAGGAGUAGAGAUUAUUCAUCCUGUGGAGGAGGCACCCAUGGUUACGACAAUAAGUUUAAGAGCAUGGAGGCUAUCUUUUUGGCGUAUGGACCCAGUUUUAAAGAGAAGACUGAAAUUGAACCAUUUGAAAAUAUUGAAGUCUAUAAUCUAAUAUGUGAUCUUCUACACAUUCACCCAGCACCAAACAACGGUACCCAUGGCAGUUUAAACCAUCUCCUAAAGGUGCCUUUUUAUGAGCCAUCCCAUGCCAAGGAAGUGUCCGAGUUUUCUGUUUGUGGCUUUACUGUUCCGUUGCCCACAGAUGAUCUAGGUUGCUCAUGCCCUGAGCUACAAAGGGAUGCUUCUCUAGAACGUGUGAAUCAAAUGCUGAAUCUCACCCAGGAUGAAGUGACAGCAACAGAGAAACUAAAUUUGCCCUUUGGGAGGCCCAGGGUUAUGCAGAAGAACCAGGAACACUGUCUCCUUUACCAUAGAGAAUAUGUCAGUGGAUUUGGAAAAGCUAUCAGGAUGCCCCUGUGGAGCUCAUAUACAGUCCCCAAGCCAGGAGACACAUCGCCUCUUCCUCCCACUGUCCCAGACUGUCUGCGGGCUGAUGUCAGGGUUGCUCCUUCUGAGAGCCAAAAAUGUUCCUUCUAUUCAGCAGACGAGAAUAUCUCCCACGGCUUCCUCUAUCCUCCUGCAAACAGUGGAACUUCUCAGAGUCAAUAUGAUGCUUUAAUUGCAAGUAAUUUGGUUCCUAUGUAUGAAGCAUUCAAAAAAAUAUGGGAUUACUUCCACAGUGUUCUUCUUGUAAAACAUGCCAUGGAAAGAAAUGGAGUGAAUGUGGUUAGUGGACCAGUAUUUGAUCAUAAUUAUGAUGGUCAUUUUGAUGCUCCAAAUGAAAUUACAGAAUAUGUAGUGAACACCAGUGUUCCCAUCCCAACACACUACUUUGUGGUGCUGACUAGCUGUCAAAAUCAGAGCCACACCCCUGACGCCUGCCCGGGGUGGUUGGAUGUCCUACCCUUUAUCAUCCCUCACCGCCCCACCAACGUGGAGAGCUGCCCUGAAGAUAAACUGGAAGCCGAAUGGAUUGAAGAAAGAUUGAAAGAACACGUUGCCCGGGUCCGCGAUGUGGAACUUCUUACUGGACUUGACUUUUAUCAGGAAAAAGUACAGCCUGUCUCUGAAAUUUUGCAACUAAAGACAUAUUUACCCACAUUUGAAACCAUUAUUUAAUUUCAUCUGUAAAAGAGUUUUGGCAAAAUGUAAAUGAUUUUUUCUGUUGAAGAAUCAUAAA